AUGACAACGCCCCCCACUACUCUCCUUGCACAGCCGCAAAAUGAAUUGCCGGCCGCCACGAACCCUGGACAUGGGCUUCUGUGUGUUGGCAUCAAUCCCGUGGAUUUGGACAUACACGCUCUUUACCCGCGCCUGGCCCCAAGUAUCCAGGCCGCUACCGUCAACAUCUACCAGCACCACGGAGGCGUGGACUACUUCUACAGCGCCGUCAUCAACAAUGUGCUUGGCCAAGCCAGUGUAUUGGUGGGGCUAUUGCUGAGCCCCUCACUCCACGAGGCCUCCUGUAUCCGGUUCAUCCGCCUCUUGGCCGCCACGCUGAGCGGAAAGUUGAAACUCCAUCAUGAGGCUUGGGGAACCCUCCGUCCAGAGGAUCGGAUGCGCACUGCAUUCGCCUGUGCCACUCUCUUGCACUUUAUGAAUAUCUUUCCGCCGGAAAUUUUGUACCUCUGGCAGGAUGUCAGGCGAAUCCAUAGCCGGGCCAACGAAAUCUUGAACUCGCUCAACACCGAGAUGCUUCAGAAUACGCUGGCGAAGAUGCCCGUCUUCGGGUGGUGGAUCGAUGGCCGACCUUUGGACAUGGUGGAGGGCGCCUUGAAUGUGCUCCAGAGUGUGCUUUCGCCCGAGCGAGCAGCCCUGUCGGCCGACCUGCCGAGUCUCGAACACUAUGGCCUGACGGCGGCCGGUAUUUUGGUCGACACAGAGGUCGCCCUUAUGGACUUCAUCCAGCAGGUGGAGUCGCAACAUAUCCUCGUGCACUUUGUGAUCGACCGCCGGGGCGUCGCGGGAGCGGACGACGGCUCGGCCUCGACCCCGGUGAUGUGGAGUCUGGGUCAGACGCGCGUCUUCCAAUUUGAGCCACUCACACACCCGAGACUCACCCUUGAAGCCCUGCAAAUUCUCUACCAGCAAAAUACCCAGGCCACCGGGGCCAAAAAGAACCCCCGGAUCCACUAUGGCCAGAAGUCCGAGCUGCUCGAACUAUUUGAUGCCUUCCAGGUGGCGACCCAGAAAUAUGGAAUCAACCUUGCAGCGCCGCCUACCAGCGCCGACCAAGAGGCCGCCACUCGGACGGACAGUGACCACAGGCUCUUUUCCGUGGAUCAGACGCGCCCAUUCGAGGGCAUGGUCCAGGAAACUCUCGGCCUGAAAUCCGGCCUGUAUGAGUUCGAUGUGUGCACCGUCUCUUGGGACCAAUAA